AUGGCCUCCGUGCCUCUAGCUGGACAGGCCCUCAUGCCCGACCAUCAGCAGAUGGUGAAAGUCAUCCUCGGUGCUUGUCUUUUCGUCUUCAGAGGUGACAUGCAAUGCCCCUGUGCCUCCGGCUCUCUAGUGAUCCAAGCCCAUUCCUUUUCCGCUGGAGGAACAUGCGACGACUGUGGCCACCUUCUCUCCCGGCAUCGAGACUACGGUGCUAUCCCUCAAGGACAUGGAGUAAAGGAGCUUGAACUGAUUGUCAACAGCCCCGUCUCUGUCGAAAUUUCCGUCGCCUUUGCACCAGGAUAUCUCGCCGCGUCCCGACACGGUCAGAAAGCUUGCCGCAUUGCUAGACAAAAAGCGAGUGGUACAUGUCAGAGGACCCCCGGCGUCUGGCAAGACAACGCUUGCGCAUCUUCUUGA